UCUAUGCUAUUAGCUACGCCGUUAUAGCCGGUUCCGUUGUCUUUGAAAAACGUUUCGUCCAUUGCGUCCGUCGUGUCAUCGUGGUGUUGUAUAAAAUCAAUUAAUACAGUUAUAGUUUAUACAAUUUAUAUGUUAUACACACACACACACACUCAGCUUACGUAUUUUUUUUUUGUCAGUUAUCCCGUCGUCGUUGUUGUACUAAUUUGUUAUUAGUUAUUACUUAAUACGAGGUGCGUUAACCCAGUUGUAUCUCUAAUUGCGUUCGCAUAUUUUCAUACGCGUUUUCCCGUUUUUCACAACUGUUUUCGUGACAUAAAACUACAAAAUUUGUACUUUAUAGUUAGUACCUACUUACCCAGUGCGCGUGUAGUGUGUACUGCCGCGCCAGCGCCGCCGCUUGAAGCUCUCAAACGUAUACUUAAUUAUGGAAUUCAAUAGUUUCCUAUUUUUGGGACACUGACAGAAACUUAACUCAUUAUGAUGGUACCUGCAGAAUAUAUGUAAGUAACGAUAAUAUUGACUAUCAAUUAUGGAGCACAAAGAUCAAAACAAAUACGGGCAUCCGUACAAAAAUUAUAACUUAGGGAGUAGAUAUGGGAAGCAAAGAGUGGACAAUGUCAAUUAUCAAAAUCGUCAAGAACAGAUGGGAAGGAAACAUUUUGGAUUUAAGCAUCUGGAAGAGUUGAGCGACAAAGAACCGUCGGAUAUUGUGUUUGUAAUAUGUAAUCAAUCCAACGGUUUCGUAGAUUUAUUUAAACAAAAUAAAGAUCCAGAUUGGUUGUUCUUACUUAUAAAGAUCACUGCAAAGAUUUGUAAUACCGAGUUUAUGGCGAGUAAGCGGUCCAUAUUAACUGAAAUAUGUUGGAACUCAGUAUUUAUUGACCAUUUGAAGUCGUACGUUCUCAGUACUCCAACUGAAGUAAACAUAAACAGACGACUUAACUUGGAAGCGUUUUUUGAAAAUUGUCUAACAGUCUGCCAGUCUAUUACAGAUUUAUUUCUGAAAACUGCCGCUGAACGUUUAAACAGCUUAAUUAUUUGUAUAAGGAUGGCUUUGUCAGACAUAAAGAACAACUGUCUUGAUCUUAAAAUAAAUGACAUCAUGUUAUUGGAAAAAAUUGCAAAAAUAUUACAACAAUUUACAAACCUAAAAUUGAACAACGGAACGAAAAAUGACAAUAAAAAUGAACUUCAAAACGCUACUCCACCAGAGGAUUUUCGAGUACUGUCUGUUUAUCCUACACCAUUUGAUAUAGAAUUCCAACGACCUUUUUUACGUCCUAACAUUACAAAAGGAUCUUAUCAGAGUGUAGAACAUUAUUUAGACGUACAGUUUCGUCUUUUACGUGAAGAUUUUAUUGCACCGCUUCGCGAAGGGAUUAAGUGUUAUAAAGAAAAUAAUAAAAAUCAUAACGAAAGACGGAAAAGAAUUAAUAAUAUUCGGAUAUAUCGCAAUGUUCAAUUUAACGACGAAAAAGUUUUUGUACAAGAUAAAUUGGGAUAUUUAAUAAAUUUCAAUAAAAACAAUUAAUUGAAAAUCAACUGGGACAUUUCUAAACGGUUGAUGUAUGGAUCGUUAUUGUUAUUUACUAUAAAUGAAUUUAACGAUUUUUUUAUCGGUAUCGUAUUGGGUCGUGAUAAAAAAUAUUUGGCAAACGGUCAAUUAAUUGUAGAAUUGAUUGACAACGUACAGCCAGACAUACUUACGUCAUCGUUCACUAUGGCCGAGAGCGAAGUGUAUUUUGAACCUUACAAAUGUGCCAUGCAAGUUCUCCAGAACUUGAAUGGUAAUAAUUUCCCCAUGGAAAAAUAUAUUAUUUCAGCCUAUAAUAAAGUCGAAAAUCCUAAUUACUUAAAAUCUUUACCGGUAAAAAUGUUCAAUUUCAAUGGCGAGGAACCAUUUAAUAUUUUAAACGAUAAUGAAUGGCCUGCACAAGAAAAAUUCGGACUAGACGAAAUGCAAUAUAAAGCCUUCAAAGCUGCAUUAACGAAUGAAUUGGCGGUCAUACAAGGUCCACCUGGUACUGGGAAAACAUUUAUUGGGUUGAUGAUAAUUGAAUCAAUUAUUAAAAAUGUGUACCAAUGGAAUGUGCCAAACAGAUUAAAAAAUCCAAUAUUAGUCGUAUGCUAUACCAAUCACGCAUUAGAUCAAUUUAUGGAAGGUAUAGUACAAUUCACUAAAAAUGUCGUUAGAAUUGGUGGCCAGACAAAAUCAGAUACUGUAAAAGACUAUACCUUAAAGAAUGUAACGAAAUACUAUAGGAAAUCGUCUAAUGUAUUUAAAACCAUUAGGAAUGCCACCGAAAUAAUUAAAACUAUGGAACAUGAAAUAACGUAUUUUAAAAAUUGUAAAGAAUUUAUUUCUCAAAAUGCUGGUAUUUUAGAAUUAACCUUAUUGAAAAAUGGAAUGCCAAUAAUAUAUCAAAAUUUCUUUUCUAGUCCAAUAAAGUAUAUUUGUUGGCUAUUUUGUGAUAACGAUUACUUUGAUUUUAAUCCAAUUGACUUGAUUAAGAACGUAGGCUUAAAUACUGAACAUUGUCACUCUGAAAAAAUUUUAGAAGUUAAUAAUAUUAAUAACACAGAAGAUGAAAAUUUGCACUAUGAAAAUGAUGACCCGGACAUGGAUUUUAAACACCAGGAUAUUGUUAUUUACAGUCUUACUUUAAAAUCUGUAAAAGAUAUUUGUGAAAUAACUAUUAACAUGUUAAAUGACUUAAAACCAAAAAGAAUGAAACGUCAGUAUAAUGAUCGUUAUUACUCUAAAAAUAAUGAUUACAAUAAAAAAUACCAGGAAUUAGAAACCUCUUGUUAUAGAAUGGAAAGAAUACACAAUUAUCUUAAACAGAUGUUAACCUUAGCUGAUUAUAAAAUUAAAUCAGACUUCUGUAGCACUAUCCCGGUAAAUCUUUUUAAACUAAAAAUGAGAGAUAGAUGGUUAUUAUAUUUUAACUGGGUGGAUAUUACUAAAAAUAUGUUUGAUCCCAAAAUACAAAAUCUCGAAAAAAAUUAUUAUAAUCAGCACAAACAAUAUUCAGAAUUGAAGGAAAUGGAAAAUAUUGAAAUCUUAAGAAAUAAACACGUUGUGGCGAUGACUACUACUGGAGCAUCUAAGCAUAGAGUAUUGCUCGAAGGACUGCAAUCUCCGAUUGUGGUUAUUGAAGAAGCAGCCGAAGUGUUAGAGGCACACAUCAUUGCAUCUCUUACUAGACAUUGUCAACAUUUAAUACUUAUAGGUGAUCAUAAACAGUUACGUCCAAGUACUGCAGUCUAUAAACUAGCAAAAGAAUUCCACUUAGACAUUUCCUUGUUUGAACGUAUGGUCAAUAGUGAUGUGCCAUACUACGCAUUAAGCGAACAGCAUAGAAUGCGACCAGAAGUAUCGUCCCUAAUAACGCCAGUUAUUUAUCCCGACUUGUUAAACCAUAGUUCAGUACUCAAUAGACCGCAUAUACGUGGUGUUACUAAAGAUAUAUUUUUUAUCAACCAUACUAGCUUUGAAACUGAGGUCGAAGAAAUAUCCAGCAAGAGUAAUGAUCACGAAGCAUCUUUUUUAAUUAUGUUUGCUAGGCAUUUAAUAUUACAAGACUAUAGGCCCGACCAAGUGACGAUUUUGACUACUUAUAGUGGACAAAUGUUUAAACUACGUUCUUUACAAAAACAAUAUUCAAAUUUAGAUGGUAUGAAAAUUCAAGUCGUCGAUAAUUAUCAAGGCGAAGAAAGUGAUAUUAUAUUGCUUUCGUUAGUUAGAAGUAAUGAAAACGGUAAUGUGGGGUUUUUGAAAACCGAAAAUAGAGUAUGUGUUGCUCUAUCUAGAGCAAGGGAUGGUUUAUACAUAAUGGGAAAUAUGGAAAACCUUUACAAUUCGGGUAAUUUGUGGAAAGAAAUAAAACAAAAAUUAGUGGAUCAAGAUGCAUAUGGCAAUGAGUUAACUUUGAAAUGUGAAGUUCAUCGUGAUACCAUGACAAAAGUUUCGAAAUGUGAGGAUUUUAAACCAAUUUCAGAAGGUGGUUGUACUGCGUUGUGCAAUGAUUUGAUGGAAUGUGGUCAUUACUGUUCAAGUGUAUGUCAUGUCUAUGAUCGCAAACACGAAAAAUUCAUAAUAUGCCAACAACUGUGUAAUAGGGUUUGUGAAAAUAAUCAUCCUUGUGAGAAACAGUGCGCUGAAAACUGUGGAAAAUGUGAGGUGCCUAUGGUGAAGACACUACCGUGUGGUCAUCAAACCACGUUGCCUUGUGUUGUUGAUACUGAAAAAUUCAAAUGCGUAGAAAAGGUGGAAAUAUUGUUAGAAACGUGUGGGCAUAAAACAAUCAAAAAGUGUUACGAAAAAAAACCUAAGUGUACAACUAAAUGUACUGAUCGAUUACAAUGUGGACAUGCAUGUGUGCUUGAUUGUCAUAAGGAUAAUGAUCCGACACACGAAAAUUAUACAUGCUCGAAACAAUGCUCAAAACUGAAUGUAAACUGUUCUCAAGAUCACAAAUGUCGUAAAAAAUGUUACGAAAGAUGUUCAAAAUGUCUAAUAAAAGUUGACAAAAUACUGGAAUGCGGACAUUUGAAAAAGUCUGUAAAUUGUAGCGAUGACAUAAAAAAUAUCCAGUGCUCGAAACACCUCCCGUGUAAUCGCAUAUUACUAUGUGGCCACAAAUGUCGACAAAUGUGUUAUGAGAAAUGCAAGGAAUGUAAAGUUAUGAUUACAAAAACACACCCAAAAUGCGGCCAUACUAGUAAAAUAGAAUGCCAAAUAAAACCCGAAAGAAAUGUCAUCUGUCUCAGAAAAUGCACGCGUACAAUGAGCUGUGGACAUAAAUGCAAGUACAGAUGUGGGAUUGAUUGCGAUCCUAAAAAAUGUAAAGAACUGAUAUCGAAAGAAGGGAAGCUCACAUGCGGUCACAGUAAAAUGUGGGUUUAUUGUUGUGACGCGGAUAAAGAAUUUGAUGGAAGCAGUCAGUAUGUCCUUGACAAAUGCAAGGAACCUUGUUUGAAAAUGUUAUUAUGUGGUGAUUUGUGUUCUGGUACUUGUGGAAAAUGUAAACAAGGCCGACUGCAUGUACCGUGUGAAGAAAUGUGUAACAAGAUCAAUCCUUGCAACCACACAUGUAAUUAUCCGUGCAAAGAAGCGUGUCCUCCAUGCCAAAAAAAAUGUGCUUACUCUUGUACACACUCUAAAUGUCCACUUCCGUGUAGUGCUCCGUGCGUUCCAUGUCAGGAACCGUGUGUUUGGAAGUGUAAACAUUUUAAGUGCACCAAAGUAUGCAGCGAUGAUUGUGAUCGGCCACCUUGCUAUGCACCGUGUCAAAAGAAAUUAAAAUGCAAACACAAGUGCAUUGGAUUUUGUGGCGAAACAUGCCCUCCUCUUUGUCGCGUAUGCGAUGAGGCCGAAGUAACAAAUAUUGUAUUUGGAUACGAAGACGAACCAGACGCAAGGUACGUUUAUCUGGAAGACUGUAAACACACGGUCGAGUCCAAAGGUCUGGAACAGUGGAUAAGUCAGAACAACGAAGAGAUAGCCAUUAAACAGUGUCCUAUGUGCAAGAUGCCCAUUCUGAAAACGCUGAGGUUCAAGAACCACGUGAAAUCUGUACAGAAGGACAUCUGCGAAAUAGUGACUAAACUGUCCGGUGGCCGCGAUCAGUUGGCCGAUAACCAAAAGAAGGAGGCCCUCGAGCGAUCAGUAAAGCAAUUGAACCGUUCAUUCAGGAACAUCGAGCAGACGAGCCCACGGUUCAAGGACGUGAAAAAACUGUGGGCCCACCCGUCGGACCGACUGUUGCGAUACAUGCAUAGAAUCACGUUGGGCGCCGAGCCCACCAUCGACUUCAACUCGUGGACGUCCACCGCCAGACUGGCUGAAUCGUUCUUCACGUACGAAAAGCGCAUUCGAGACUUGGCCGACGGUGGUCCGAAGGACGUCGUGGUCGAUCACUUUGUCUGGCUGCUGACCGCGCUGGUUGUUCACGCGGGCCGUCUGUCCAGACAGCAGACGGCUGACUUCAACAUGGAAAUGGCCCGUGGCGCCCGGUUGGUGGGCUUGGCCGAGGUUAAGACCAAUCCCGAUUAUGCAGAGGCCGUCGCCUUACAGGCUUCCACUCCUCAGGCCGCCACAUCGUCCACAGCCCCCGAGAAUAAGGUCGGAGAUUUGGUGAUGGGCAUGGAGGCUUUGUUGAUGGCCGUCGGGCCAUAUCACCAGGACGCGGACAGCGAGGUGCAACGGCUCACUGAUCAGGUGCGGGCGGACAUUCAGAGCCUAGUGCCGUUGUCGGAAGCCGAGCGGAAAAUGAUUCACGCGGCCAUGUCGAAAAGCUUCAACGGGCGGGAAAGGGCUCAAGGCAACUGGCUCAAGUGCACCAACGGCCACAUUUACUGCGUGACCGAGUGUGGUGGGCCGAUGCAGCGGGCCAAGUGUCCGACGUGUAAGGUGGAUAUCGGUGGAGAAAAUCACAGGUAUGUCGAUGGCACGAGGGUGGCGACGGAGAUGGACGGCGCGACACAUGUAGCAUGGAGCGCAACCAACAACAUGAACAAUUUUGUCUUUGACUGAUCGAACAAACGUUUUUAUCUUCAUAAUACCUAGGUACUUAAUUAUUCAUAAUUAGUUAUAUGUUAUUAUUAUAUGGGUAUAUAAUAAUGUACAUUUAAAUACCUAGGUCUUUAUGGUAUAAGCUAUAAAUACAAUAAAUUAUGAGAAAUAUUAUAAAUGCAUUAUACUUUUAACUUUGACGUGUUAAACAUUUUACUUUAUUACAUUAUUAAUUUCAUUAAAUAAAAAAUUUCAUUCA